AUGGCGGACAACACCCCGAUCGAUAUUAUCCGAUCACGAAGUUACGAUCAUGAUCGGAUCUCCAGAUAUUCGUCGCGUCGUGACGAUGCAGUCCGUCAGCGCCCUCCAUCCCAGCAAGAAAAGCCGGACAGGACGGAAGCGGAGGAGCUAGAAGCCAAAUACCAGCAGGACGUUCCGCCAGACGGAGGGUAUGGCUGGGUCUGCGUUGCCUGCGUCUUCUGGAUGAACGCCCACACAUGGGGAAUCAACAGCAGUUACGGUGUAUUUCUCUCCCAUUACCUCUCUCACGAUGUAUUUCCCAACACCUCCGCCUUGUCGUACGCCUUCACCGGCGGCCUGAGCAUAUCCUGUGCGCUCCUCGUCGCCCCCCUGGCGACCUACCUCAUCCACGUCUGCGGCACUCGCUUCGUCUUGAACCUCGGGGUCUUCUUCGAAACCCUGUCCCUUAUCGGGUCCUCCUUCGCCUCGCAGCGAUGGCACAUCUUCCUCAGCCAAGGCGUCUGCUUCGGCUGGGGCAUGGGCUUCAUCUUCGUCGGCAGCGUAGGCAUCACGCCGCAGUGGUUCCAAAAACGUCGCAGCCUCGCCAUGGGCAUCAACGCCGCCGGCUCAGGCCUGGGCGGCCUCAUCUACUCCCUCGCAGUAGGCGCCAUGAUCCCGCGCCUCGGCCUAAGCUGGGCCUUCCGCGUCCUAGGCAUCGUCGCCUGCGUCGUCAACCUCGUCGGCGCGAACCUCCUCCGCGACCGCAACCACCACGUCGGCAGCCGCUACAAGGCCUUCCACCUGCCCACCCUCCGCCGCCCCGAGUUCCUCCUCUUCCUCGGCUGGGGCGUCUUCAGCAUGCUGGGCUACGUCGCCCUCCUCUUCAGCCUCGCCAAUUUCGCCCUUUCCGUCGGCCUCUCCCCCCACCAGGGCAGCAUCGUCAGCGCCCUCCUCAACCUCGGCCAAGGCCUCGGCCGCCCCUUUGUCGGCAUGUUCAGCGACCGCCUCGGCCGCAUCAACAUCGCCGCUUUCCUCACCUUCCUCUGCGGCCUCUUCUGCCUCGUCAUCUGGGUCUUCGCCCGCAGCAUGGGCCUCGUCUGCUUCUUCGCUGUCCUCGUCGGCACCGUCGCAGGCACCUACUGGGCUACCGUCACCCCCGUCCUGGCAGAGAUCAUCGGCCUCCGCGACCUCCCCAGCGGCUUGAGCAUCACCUGGCUCGUCCUGGUCGCCCCGACCACCGUCUCCGAGGCUAUCGCCCUCCUCCUCCGCGACAACAACAGCCCCACCACCAUAACCCACUCGGUUUAUCUACGCGUUCAGCUCUUCACGGGCUUCAUGUACAUCGGCGCCGCGCUGUGUCUUUGGAUGGUGCGCGGCUGGCGCGUGGGUUCUCUUGCUCAAGCCGAACGAGAAGAGUCAUCUGCUGCGACGACGGGAAUGGACAAGUCCGGCGUCGUGGCUGCAGAAUCGGCUCCUGCUGGAGGUGACAAGGAUGGCCUUCGAAAUAAGGAGUCUGCCCAACCCGCUCCUGAACGGAUAGAUAUCUGGUCUCCGGCCGUUCUCAUGCGUAGCAUGGUGGCUCCCAAGCGGGUGUAA